CUAACUACUCGCCUGCUGUACCAGCAUAGCUAAGAGAAAAAGCUACCUGGAAUUUAAAGAGCAACGAUUGUAGUCUGGAAAUGCGGAUAUAGAUAUGGACGUUUCAUGCCACCAAGCUUGCAUCCCGCUUCUGGGCUGAAGACCUAAGGGUUCACACCAGAGAAACAGGAUUGCACUUUAGUGACAAGCUUUAAAUGUUUCUCCAGAUUUGUAUGUCUCUUUUUUGAUACACAUGCAUACAUCUUUACUUAUCAGAGCACAACACACUCGGAUGUGAACAUUUUAUUUUUGUUGUUCCUGACAAUAAAACAAAAGUGGGCUUUUUUUUACUGGAUCAAUUCAAUUGUUUCCGUAAGGAGCAUCGACAUGGACGUGUUGGCGAAUUACAGUAUUUUUCAAGAACUCCAGCUCGUGCAUGACACCGGCUACUUCUCUGCGAUGCCUUCCCUAGAAGAGAACUGGCAGCAGACCUGCCUGGAGCUGGAGAGGUACCUGCAGACGGAGCCCAGGUGCUUCUCUGACUUCCUGGAGGAGGAGCUGGACUCCCUGCUUGCGCCCGCCUUCCUGCACACCGAGAGCGAGGAGGACGAGCUGCCCGACCCCCUGCUGCCCCGCCUCCCCGACCUGCCCGCCUCCGCCCUCCCCCCCUUACUCGCCGCCUCCGCCGCCAAGCCCCGCCCCGCCGCCGCCAAGCCCCGCCCCUCCGCCGCCAAGACCCACGAGCCCGGCACCAACGCGGCCCAGCUCAGCGCGGCCGUCACCUGCCUGACCCCACCCUCCUCCCCGGAGCUGGGCCGUCACCUGGUGAAGCCGCCCCUGGCCUCCCUCACCGCUGGGACGCUCACGCUCAAACUGGUGGCCAGGAAGGCGGGAGGGCUGGCCGCCGCGCACGCGCUGCCCUCGCUGACCUGCAGGGGGCAGCAGAGCGACGGCGAGCUGGGCGGGGGAGACGUACCGGAGAACAAGAAGAGGGUCCAUCGCUGUCAGUUUAAUGGCUGCAGGAAGGUCUACACCAAGAGCUCGCACCUGAAGGCACACCAGCGGACACACACGGGUGAGAAGCCCUAUAAGUGUUCGUGGGAGGGCUGUGAGUGGCGUUUCGCUCGGAGUGACGAGCUGACCAGACACUACCGCAAACACACUGGAGCCAAGCCCUUCAAGUGUAACCACUGCGACAGGUGUUUCUCCCGGUCGGAUCAUUUGGCCCUGCACAUGAAGAGACACAUAUGAGAUGGAGAGCGAGAGUGAGGGAGGGAGAGAGAGGGAAGGAGCGAGAGAGAGACAGAGAGGAGAGAUGAAGCGAUGGCGCGGGUAGUGGGGACACAUCCGUGUCCAGUUGGAGACCGGGAUUUCGCCCUGAUCCCGGCAGCGUUGUGCGCUGAUUGGACGGUCACCACCCCUUGUGUGCUGAUUGGACGGUCACCAGCCGUUUUUUGUGCUGAUUGGACGGUCACCACCCGUUUUGUGCUGAUUGGACACACCCCCCCCCCCCCCUCCCCAGCUGCCAUGGAGGGGAGAAGGCGAGGCAGAACUUAUCAUUUUUGGCUUAAUAAAUCUAAGACUUGUGCAGAUUUUCUGUACAAUCCCUCAGUAACGCGCCAUGCUGUAUACAUAAGCAGAUGUAUGCCUUAUCUGGCUAAUGUGUGGGAGUUUGGCACAGCUUAAUAAUUCUGCUGUCCCUGUCAGACCCGAGGGGACUUUUUCUUUUUCCCAGAACUUGUGUGAGACUCUGGGAAGGACCACACUCACAUACCAGUGGGGUUAACCGCAGUAUUCCCUGUAUCUCUUGGUGUGAACUACUCCCUUUGUUUCUUUUCUUGAAGGUUGUAUCACAAUUUGUACGCUGUUAGUGAUGUCGACCGUGGAAAAACAAACUGGCAGCACAACCAAACUACCAGGAGAACAGACCACUCAAAGCUGGCGCCUCCCGCCCCCUUGACCUCUGACCUUUCACCCCUACCCCAGUGCCCCGGACGCUGUUGAGAUACGCGCUUCGCCAGGGCAACGCUCUCCCCUCUCUCAUUUAUCCUCUUAAAAAAAAAAAAAAAAUUCUGUCUGUUUUUGCUUUUUUCUGAACAGAAGUCUUAACACUCACCGAACAUGUCUGUUAUGCACAUGAGUGGGUGAGUGAGGACGCACACGUUAAAUGUUUGCACAAGUGAAACCUUGGUAGCUGCUAUCGAGCUCUGACAGAGAAGGAGAUGGAGAAAAUAUGACCAAAAUGGGAUGUAAAGGCAUCGUGGACUUCUGGACUGAGAUGAAAAGAACAGUCUUCUGUUUCUCAUUUUCUGGGUCUGUUUUUGGACGGAGCGAUCCAGUACAUACUGAACCCUGAGUAAAAGCCUGCCGGCUCUUUCCUGAACAAGGCCCAGGAAUCCUCAAAUGCUCUUUGGAGCCACCGUGACCCUCCCCCCUGCUCACACAGCCAAUGGGAGGGCCUCACCCUGUGAGACGGUUGGGCGGGACUUCCCGGCCAUCCGGUCCUGAUGAACCCUGUCCUGGUUCAUAGCUGUCAUCCGCACUGACUUUCUCAAUGUCGUCUGUGCUCCUUCCAUACAGGAAAAAACUGAGAAAUGAGAAAUGGUAAAAAAAAGCAAAAAAAAAAAAAAAAGAAGAAAAAAAAGAAAAAAAGAAAUACGUAUGCACAGAUACUUACACAAACACACACACACAAACACACAUGCAUGAAUGUACACUCAUACACACACACAUACACACACACACACACACUUCUGUAAAGUAAGACACUUGGGAAAAGAACGAUCAUGAAACAAACACCAUUUAGAAGAAGACGCUGCUUUGCAGAGUCGCUCAUGACUUAUUUCUUCUGCUCCACAAUUUUCACUUUUUGAUCUUAGCAACUGCUGUUUAUUUUUAGUUUUUUUUUUUUACAAAUGGUUCAAACCACUGGGAGUGAGACUUGACAAAAAAACUAAACAGCAGAUCAAAACACCUAGUCAGGGCCACACAAUCAGGAAGCUCCCUAAAAACACUUGCAUUCUGCACUCCUCACCGUUAGAGUUUGACUCUGACAAACGAUCACAGGCACGACCUGAUUCAAAAUGGCUGAACUGUCAGCUCAGACUGGGGGAGGGUGGGGCCACGUGGUAAAUGGGAGGGGCCUGAAAUUCAGUCACACCUGAAGAACUGCCCUCCAAGCUAAGGGUGUUUGCAUCUGCUUUGUCUCCCCUACAGAUAGCCUGGACUAUUUCAACUCCCUAAAGACAUAUGGCUGAGUUUGAACUUUCUUGUUUCACAUUUCUUUCUUUUUUUGCCCAUGUAAUUGUUCUCUAUAGUGUGGAAAAAUAACUUUUCUUCAGGAUAAUGGUUUUUUUUUUAUUCAGCUGUUUACGUACAAUCCAGUGAAGUCUCGCACUUACAGUGAGAGGUGGCGUGUGUGUGCGCGCGCGUGUGUGUAUAUCAGUGUCAGUGUCCGUGUGUGUAUCUAUGCGUGUGCCCCAGCUGACAUGUAGUGACCACGGCGUCUGUGUGUUGCAGUAACGUUGCAGAAACAUUAUGCCGUGGUUACGUGUGGGAGAACGGCUCAGGGAGGGUCACGUGGGAAGGGGUCCCGCUGAGCUUGUGAUGGGGAUAGACUGCGUGUGGUUUAUGUGUAACUUGCAUUGUUUGCGUGCUGAUGGACACUCUGCUUAUUGGGAACAAUCAGACCGCUUUAUCAAUUAGUCUCGACGCUUCAUUCAUUUUCAUCGCUCGCUUUGCUCCGUCUAAUCCAUCAUGCCUUCUGGCAGCAGAGACAGGGCAUGUCUCAUGCCCUAUUGGCUGUUUCACCUCCGUCUCCGUGGGUACAGGUGUCGCCGUGCCGACGGGCGGAGAGGGCUCAGGGCGGGAAUCACAUCCUUCUCAUCUCACUCCUUCAUCCGUUCUCUGCCCCCUUCCUGCCUGGUCUUUCGCCUCACCCUCCCUGUCCUGAAAAUCUGUUUAACUUGUCUCUUCCAAGCCCCACUACCCCCCGGGGUCAAGAAUUUACAGUGGUGACCCUUUGACCUGGUUUUGGUCUGCCUGUCAAUCCAGUACAUGGCAUGUCUGUUGUUUUUACAGACUAAAGUAGGCAGUAUACGCCAAACGAUGCUGCAGACAUGUUGCCAAACAAUUUUGUCAGUAUACUCAAUACAAACUCCCAUGUUCUUUUGUUUUAUGCUUCUUCACGCCACUGUGGGGGUUCACAGACUUUUCCAAGUUGCUUUGCACGACUGAAGAUCAUUGACACCCAUGUGCGUGCCAGGAAUUUGAGCACAUUUUACUGUCUUUAAAGUCUCUGCGUGAUCGAUCAACUCGUUCAAAAAGUAUUAAUCUCAAACGUAUUUCAGUCAUGACCACAACAGGAAGUCGUAUCCUAUCUGAUAGGUUCGCUAUGAUUUUAAAUCGACUAAAGUUUGAGCUAAUUUCUUAGCCAAACUUAAGGAUAAAUCAUUUGGACAGAGCAGGAGCCAAAUAUAUGAUGGGGAAACUAUCCAUAGAAGAUGAGGAAGCUAGCCACGCUUGGUAGCUAGCUACCUACAGAGCAUCACUUGUUUGUUUAGCUACAUACCUAGCAUUACUUACGGGAAAAUGAAUUUUAACUGUGCCCCUGGUCGUUCAACCGUGACACAGCCGACCAAUAUUUGCGUGGACCAAUUGCAGACAGGGGGAGGUCUGCGAACUUGUGGACUGUUUGCCAACUGCUUGCGCACAGUUUGCGCAGGGGGCUUGCACAGGCCACACCGUUCUCUACAAACUCAAAAUAACAUCUUUUUUUUGUUUCCAAUAAAAGUUUGGUUUGGUUUGGUUUGGUUUUGAGUAUACUGGCACCUUUAAAAAGUCUGUUUGAUUUGGAGAGAACCCAACGGUGACUCAACCUCCCACAAUCCAACUCCACCCCUCCAUCUCUCACACCCCACCCACUGCUUUUCCCAUCGUUCUCACCUUUCACUUCUUUUCUUUUGUUAGUUUUCUGUUUUUAUAUUUGUUUAUUUGCUGUAAAAAGUGUUUAAAAUAUUAUUUGUAUUAUAUGAUGUUAGUACAGUAAUGUUCUUUAUUAAGGAAAAAGAAAAAAUUUAUUUUUGUUACUGGUCUGUUUCAUAAUUCUUUUUUAAAUUGGUAUUGUAAGAUAUCUAUGCAAGAGCUGUUCAGUGGAGCAUUUUUAUUUAAGAAUGUAAUAUGUGUAAUAAAUGGUAGAACCUG